UGCUCUUCCUUAGUCCAUUCAGUCUUUAGUGUGAAGGUGUCGUGUCUCUCUCAGGGUUUUCUUGUCUGUCAGCGGUCGUGGGUUUUUUUUUUCUCUCUCCUUGGUGAUUUGGUGCCUCGAUGGGUACAGAUUUCGUAAAUGCUUUUUAAGAACAUCAACAACACAACAGUAAAGAACGGCUCCUUCCAGGGCGUAGGUCUCUUCUUAUAUCUGCCAGAGUUCUAUUUCACUGGAGACCCUCCUUGGCUGCAAAGCUGAGACCGUCUUUAUAACAAGCCCCAUCUCUUACUUGUCCAUUUUGUUGCAUAUCUAUCUAGUGUUUUUGUGAACUAAAAUUGCGAAGAUGAACAGCUUUAGCAAUGAUGACUUUGACUUCAGCUUUCUGGAGGAAGGUUUUACAGCCAGAGAUAUUCUGGAACAAAAAAUCAAUGAAGUAUCAUCAUCUGAUGAUAAAGAUGCCUUUUAUGUUGCUGAUCUUGGUGACAUUGUUAAGAAGCAUUUGCGGUGGUUUAAAGCACUCCCUCGUGUAACUCCAUUCUAUGCAGUUAAAUGCAAUGACAGCAAAGCCAUAGUGAAGACUCUAUCUAUUUUGGGAGCUGGAUUUGAUUGUGCAAGCAAGACUGAAAUUCAACUUGUUCAGAGCAUUGGAGUGACACCAGAAAGGAUAAUUUACGCAAACCCAUGUAAACAAGUGUCUCAAAUAAAAUAUGCUGCAAGCUGUGGUGUUGAGAAAAUGACAUUUGAUAGUGAAGUUGAGCUAAUGAAAGUGGCAAGGAAUCAUCCAAAUGCAAAGUUGGUUUUGCGCAUAGCAACAGAUGAUUCAAAAGCAGUUUGCCGACUCAGUGUGAAAUUUGGUGCAACCCUUAAGACAAGUCGCACUCUUCUGGAGCGUGCAAAGGAGCUUAAUGUGGAAAUAAUUGGUGUUAGUUUCCAUGUUGGCAGUGGCUGUACUGAUCCUCAAACAUUUGUACAAGCUGUUUCAGAUGCACGAUGUGUCUUUGACAUGGGGGCUGAGCUUGGAUUCAACAUGUAUUUGCUUGACAUUGGUGGUGGCUUCCCUGGGUCAGAGGAUGUGAAGCUUAAAUUUGAAGAGGUGACAUCAGUCAUCAAUCCUGCCUUGGAUAAAUAUUUUCCAGCAGAAUCUGGAGUUAAAAUAAUUUCAGAACCUGGGAGAUACUAUGUUGCAUCAGCAUUCACAUUGGCUGUUAAUAUUAUUGCAAAGAAAGUAAUGUUGACUGAACAGACUGGGUCUGAUGAUGAAGAUGAUAGUGCUGUGGACAAGACUGUUAUGUAUUAUGUGAAUGAUGGUGUAUAUGGCUCCUUUAAUUGCAUCUUGUAUGAUCAUGCACAUGUCAAGCCAGUUCUUCAAAAGAAGCCAAAACCAGAUGAGAAAUUCUACUCAAGCAGCAUUUGGGGUCCAACUUGUGAUGGUUUAGAUCGUAUUGUUGACAGGUUUGACCUACCAGAGCUGCAGGUUGGAGACUGGAUGCUAUUUGAAAAUAUGGGUGCCUAUACUGUUGCAGCAUCUUCAACCUUCAAUGGAUUUCAGAGACCAACACUUUAUUAUGUGAUGUCCAGACCAUAUUGGCAACUUAUGCAGGAUAUCAAGGAGCAUGGCAUCCUCUCUGAAGAACCCGAUGACACUCUUCCUCACAUCUCCUCCUCCUGUGCUUGGGAGAGUGGAAAAGAGCAUAUUCCAGCAAACUGCACUUCAGCUAGUGUCAAUGUUUAAGGUUAUUUAAUGUAGUGACUGUAGUUAUUAAAGGGCAUCAUAGUGAUUAUAAAUGGGGAUUCUUUAGACCCCAGCAUAUUGGUUUGCAAAUAUAAAAUAGUCUGUAUAAUUUCUGCAUACCACAUUCUCAGAUCGGUGCCUUCUCAAUGAAUUUUGCCCAGUUGAAUAACUGCAGACUAACAUGAUGGGGCUAAGAAGAGCCUGGUAUUUAUGAUCUGUCAAUUUGCUGCAAUGUUAGUAUGAAGUUUUGGGACCAUUAUUUAUGUUUUUAUUUCUGUAGACCAUAUGUGAUUAAGUUAAUGUCGGCAUUAAUGCAACAAAAUGGAUGACUGUGAGAUGGGGUCACAUUUAUCUGUGUUCCUAUGGAAACUUUUUAUAUACUUUGUUUUUCAAUUUAACAGAAGAUUCUCUGCUGUCAAUCAAGCAUUUGUAGCUUGUGUAUUGGCAAAGCCAGUCUACCUGUUUGACCCAUUUUUACAAAUAAAUUGUUUUAAAAAAAAAAUUCUCAUCUCUGUACAUACCUUAGCAC